AACCACCCAGAAGCCAAAGAUACCCUCAAUCCCAUAGCCCGACCAAAAGAUAGACAAGGAGUCUAUAUUCACAGAUGCAGUGCGUGCUCGGGGCCACACAGACUCUGCCUUCGCAGAAUAUCUCGGCGGGGCAUGACAGCGCUAAGCCCGUCUCGGACAAAUUAUACGCCCGUAAGACCCAUACGCUGGUUAACUCGAUAAACAAUGGCACGCGCUGUAUGGACACAACUUCUUUCAGACGCCUCUAUCCGGAGGUCGUCGCAGACUCUGGCUGUUAUUGCUGGCAAUGCCUAUCUAUAUGGCGGCGAGCUGCAGCCCCGCGAACCGGUGAACUCCACGGUGUAUCGCAUAGCUGUCGACCGUGAAUUUGUGACAGACAGCCGGAUAUCCCCUAUGACCACCUCCGACGCUCCCCAGCCCCGAGUCGGAGCUGCAUCUACCGUCAUCAACGGAAAAGUCUACGUGUUUUCAGGCCGUGGCGGAACAGCCAUGACCCCGAUAGAAGAAUCAGGCUCCUUUUGGGUCCUUGACCCAGCUGCCAGUGCCUGGUCUCAGGUCGCCCCUGCCGAUCCCCCGUCCCCGUACCCCGUCGGACGCAGCUACCAUGCUCUCGCCAACAACGGCAAAGAUACAAUCUUCCUCCAUGCCGGCUGUCCCGAGAAAGGUCGAUUGUGCGACCUGUGGGCGUUCAAUAUCGUGACUCGCCAGUGGCAGGAACUGGCUCCCGCCCCGAAGCCAGAAAGAGGCGGUACGUCGAUUGCCUUUGCCGAGGGCAAGGUCUUCCGGAUGAAUGGAUUCGAUGGCAAUAAAGAACAAGGCGGAGCGUUGGAUGUAUUCGACCCGGAAAGGAACGCUUGGGAUACUAUCACGUAUCCGGCGGAUGGUAUCUCAGGGCCAAGUGCACGCAGUGUGAGCUGCCUGCUGUCGCUGCACAUUUCGGGGAAGCCAUGUCUGGUCACCAUGUUCGGGGAACAUGAUCCGAGUAGUCUGGGACACCAAGGGGCAGGUAAGAUGCUUGCAGAUGCGUGGAUUUUCGAAAUAGAGAGUCAUAAGUGGGCGAAGAUCGAGGUGGAUAACGAGAGUAGGCCUCAAGGACGCGGUUGGUUUGAUGCGGAUGUGAUUCCGAGUGCGUCACAGCCUAGCAUUGCCGUCCAUGGUGGACUAGCCGAGUCGAAUGAUCGUCUAGGCGAUGUGUGGCGGCUUGAUUUUUGAAGUACAUACACCAGCGGUUGAUCAUCCUGCCUGAUUUUGCGUUUUGGACCUCUUGCGUAGCCAAAUC